AUGAAGUUUGGGAAUUCACAGUCUAAAACUCUAGGUCUUCAGAUGAGAGAACAAGGCCAUAAAAGUGGUGGCGGAGCUGACAACAAGUGCGCAGAGACUCUUCUGGACGGGAUUUCCCCGCUCCUGUUUUCACCUCAUCUUUGCGCGCAACAGAAAAAGCCUCAGCUUUGGAGUCGGCUUCCCAGUGAAGAGCAAGAGUUGAGUUUAGCAACUGUUUGGACUGGCCAAGUAACAGGGCAGUACAAGGGCAUGGCAUGGUAUUGGGACACUGUCUUCUCUCUGACCUGUCGGAGCAUCUCUGUGACUCAACGUGCUGGCCCACUGGCGGCCCUGGACUGGUUAAAACCUGAAGGUUUUAGAACCCCCUGAUCUUCUCCACACUCUUCAAAUGGGCAAUGACUGACCAAGAUGACCAAUGGAGCCUGUGGGGGCUGGAACCUAUACCCAGGUCCUGGGAGUCCCCUGCACUCCCCUUCUAAUCACCUCUUGUUGGACCCUGGGAGCAUGACAGAGUCAGAUAAGAAAACCAAGGCUGAAGAUCACACCAUCAGAAAAGGGAACAGCCAGAAAUCAAAUGUUAUAUACUGGCCCUGAAGUGGGGAUAAAGGAGCUAAAAGAAAGUAUAUUUUGUAUUAAAAUUUAAGGUCUCUGAAAGCAAAUCAAUAAGCCACACUCUAGUAACAUUAAGAUAUUUUCACAAGUGCUAGCUUAAGUCAUAUAAAAUUACUAUUUUUGUAGGUCAAAAGUAAUCAAAUAUCAUGAUUAUAUAUGGCUUGUUCUAAAACAUAUCAUUAAUAAGUUCUAUUAAUCCAGAG